UAGCAAAAUAAAUUACUUUGGUGCUCUAUUAAUCAAACUUACGGUGAAGGGACUACAUUUUUGAAGGACUCACCAGAUGUAUAAUGGGGGAAAUGUUUCAAAAAGAGGGACAAGUAUGUGAGGUUGCCUCUAUUAUUAGAUCUAUUAUUAGAUUUUUAUUAUGUUUAGCGCUUAAUUUUCAUUGUUCCUGCAUAAAAGUAGCAACCCUUAAGAUCGAUUAUUUUUAUUUUAAGGAGUUUGAUUAGGAGUUGGCAUUUACUGAUAAACCAUGUAAUGGUCUAUGGACAAAACCAAUGUGACUCUGUGAUGGUGUCCAGUGACUUUUAGACACCAGUCUUAUUUCUGUGUAGUUUUCUUGUACAAGUAAGUACGUGUGCACUGGAAACCCUUGUGCAGUCUUAUUCCUGUUGAGGCUUUGAUGCAUUCCAUGCAGGUUAAUCGCUGAAGACCCAGGCAUUCCCAGACUCAGAGAUCUGGGGAUCACUGAGCACGGAUUCUAGGGACAGGCUUGACGGUGUGGUAUCAGGGAGAUUAGUUGUCUUAUUUUUGGUUUCUUUGGUCCUCUAGGCAAUGCUCCUCACUUUCGCAUAGCUUAUAACACUUAGGAGAAAUUAAAGGAGUAACUAGAGAACCUUCUUGUAUUAUCUUCUUUCAGUCCUUCUUUUCUAUAUUCUAAGGAGACAAGUAGCAAUAAACAUAGGAAGAAGUCAAGGGAAGGGGAAUGAUGUAUUUUUCUCAAUGCUGUAAUAUCUAGAUAACUUCCUAGUGACAGCAUCUUCCAGUGGCGAUAAAAUAGUCGUUUCAAGUUGCAAAUGUAAACCUGUUCCACUUUUAGAGCUGGGUGAAGGGCAAAAGCAGACAUGUGUCAGUUUAAAUUCAACAUCUAUGUAUUUGGUAAGUGGAGGCCUGAAUAACACAGUUAAUAUUUGGGAUUUAAAAUCAAAAAGAGUUCAUCGAUCUCUUAAGGAUCAUAAAGAUGAAGUAACUUGUGUAACAUAUAAUUGGAAUGAUUGCUACAUUGCUUCUGGAUCUCUCAGUGGUGAAAUUAUUUUGCACAGUGUAACCACUAAUUUAUCUAGUACUCCUUUUGGCCAUGGUAGUAACCAGUCUGUUCGACACUUGAAGUACUCCUUGUUUAAGAAGUCGCUCCUGGGCAGUGUUUCAGAUAACGGAAUAGUAACCCUCUGGGAUGUUAAUAGUCAGAGUCCCUACCACAGCUUUGACAGUGCCCAUAAAGCUCCCGCCUCAGCCAUCGGUUUUUCUCCUGUCAAUGAAUUGCUAUUUGUAACUAUAGGCUUGGAUAAAAGGAUUAUUCUUUAUGAUACUUCAAGUAAGAAGAUAGUGAAAACGUUAGUAGCUGAUGCUCCUCUAACGGCAGUAGAUUUCAUGCCUGAUGGAGCCACUUUGGCUAUUGGAUCUUCCCGUGGGAAAAUAUAUCAGUAUGAUUUAAGGAUGUUGAAAUCACCAGUUAAAACCAUCAGUGCACAUAAGACAUCUGUGCAGUGUAUAGCAUUUCAGUACUCCACUGUUUUUUCUAAGUCAGGUUUAAAUAAAGGCAGUUCAAAUAAGCCCACAGCCGUGAACAAACGUGCUGUUAAUGCGAGUGCUGCUAGUGGAGGAGGCCAGAAUUCUGGAACUGUCAGAGAAGCAGCCACCGCCUCUGCUGCCACAGUUCUGCCACAGCCCACGACCGCCCCUGUGGGGAAAGGAAAGGUUGCUGUUCAAGACAAAGCAGGUCUUCCUCGAAGCGUAAACACAGAUAUUUUGUCUAAGGAAACAGACAGUGGGAAAUCUCAGGAUUUCUCCAGCUUUGAUGAUACUGGGGAAGGUAGUUUAGGUGACAUGUUCUCACCUCUCAGAGAUGAUGCUAACAAAGGAGGUGAUGAGUCCAUAGGCAAAGGAGAUGGCCUAGACUUUCUAUCACAGUUGAACUCAGUGUUUCCUCUAAGAAAAAACCCAGCAGCUUCAAGCACCUCAGUAUUGCAUUCUAGUCCUCUUAAUGUCUUUAUGGAGUCUCCAGGGAAAGAAGAAAAUGAAAAUCAUGAUCUGACAGCUGAGUCUAAGAAAAUGCAUCUUGGAAAACAGGAACCUAAAGAUUCCUUCAAACAGUUUGCAAAGUUGAUCCCCAGUGCUGAAAUUGGACGUCUAAAUACCUCUUCAUCAUCUAACCAAACAAGAAGUCCUGAGAAAUUUGAAAAGCCAGAGAAAGAAAUUGAAGCCCAUGAACCUCCAGUCAAUGGAUCCUCAACUCCAAAUCCAAAGAUAGCAUCCUCUGUCACUGCUGGAGUGGCCAGUUCACUAUCAGAAAAAAUAGCUGAUACCAUUGGAAAUAAUCGGCCAAAUGCACCGUUGACAUCUGUUCAAAUCCAUUUUAUUCAGAACAUGAUACAAGAAACAUUGGAUGACUUUAGAGAAGCAUGCCAUAGGGACAUUGUGAAUUUGCAAGUGGAGAUGAUUAAACAGUUUCAUAUGCAAUUGAAUGAAAUGCACUCUUUGUUGGAAAGAUACUCAGUGAAUGAAGGUUUAGUGGCGGAAAUUGAAAGACUACGAGAAGAAAACAAAAGACUACGGGCACACUUUUGAAAUUUCUGUGAAUACUUUAAUGUUUUGUAAUUUAGGAAGCUUUUGGCAACACAGAACUACAUGGCAUCAGUAUUGUUUUCAUGGCCUCUGGGGAAGAAUUUUUUUUCAAGUAAAAGGGUGAUGGGAUUUUAUACCAACCACUAUUUCACUUUUUCUGACUGUCAAAAAUAUUUAUAUUUUUAUAUUAAAUAAACUACACAGUGUCAUUUGCCUAAAAGGAAAGUCAACAGGAUCUUUAUUUUUGGAAAGCUUUAUUUAGCUAUACACUAAGUGUCCUUUCUCAUAAUAAAAGAAAAUUGUGCAAAGAAAAAAAAUACGUUAUGUAUGCUCUUAAAUCAUCUUUUUUAAGCAGAUAAUAUUUUUGGUUGACAAUUGCCUUCUAAAUUUUUUUGGAUGUUUGAUUAAAGAGUUUGAUAUACCUUCUAUUUUUAUGGAGAAAGUAAUUUUAAUUGGUGUCUUGUGUUUCUAAGCAUUUGAAUAAUAAAGCAUAAGGUGGUUAGUAAUUAUUUUGUUAACUUGAUGCAGUCAAGUAUGACCAUUAUUUAUUACUUGUACAUUUGAUUAGAAAAUUUUUGGAAUUUUGAAUUGCACAGAUUAUGUAAUAUCUCUUGAAUUUAUGUUACUGUAUUAUACUUCUGACAUAUCUCUACUCCUGGUUGGUAUUUUUUAGCUAACUUCACUUUACCUAUGAAAACUUCUAAGACUCAACCAGAACCACAUCUCUACUGAUUAGCUCAUGAAUUAAUAACAUGCAAAAUUAUACUGUAAAAUUUCAAUCAAUAUGGUUCAACUUAUAAUCAGUGAAAAUUUCAUAUUAGAUAGUAAAUAUUACAGGAUUAGUGCCAUUUUUCUCCUCCCAAAAGAAGUUUAUUUUGUUUUGUGGUUUAUGUUAUUAACCUACUCUAAUUCUUUGUGUGCUGUGUGUAAUAUGUUUAUAUUAUUGACCUUACUAUAAAAUAAAUAAAAUUUAAAAAAAAAUAGGAAGAUUGGGAGUUCCCUUUAUGGCUUAGCAGAUUAUGAACCUGACUAGUGUCCAUGAGGAUGUGGGUUUGAUCCCUGGCUUCGCGAGUGGGUUAAGGAUCCAGCAUCACUGUGAGCUGUGGUGUAGGCUGGCAACUAUAGCUCCAAUUGACCCUUAGCCUGGGAACUUCCAUAUGCUGCAGGUACAGCCCUAAAAAGCAAAAAAAAAAAAGAUUAAUCAUCAAGAGAAGUUACACCUCUUUGACAAUAGGUGCAUGUGUGCAUCCACCUGCUGUGAUCUAUGCUUUCCAUGAUAUGAGAUUAGGUGGGCUACUGACUUGUUUACCUUCUCGUCUCUUGUCCCAAAGAUUUAAACUAUGUACCUGGGCAUAACACUCCUGCCCAAUUUUUACUUCUGAGAUGACAGUAUUUACUAAAAUAAAAAAGAAAUCUAGUUAGCUUACUAACUUUUUUCCAAGUGAUGAAAAGUUUUAAAUAAAUAUUUAAUAAGUGUAAACAUACUAAUAAUUACUUCAAAAAAUAAAAUUACUUUUUCCUAGUGUGGCUCAGAGAAUACAUUUGUAUUAAAGCUUCAUUGAAGGGGUUCUGAUAUCUUCUUUUUUCCUGACAGGUUAUGAAAGCAUUAUGACUUGUAACAGAUUUUCAUGUAUAUCAUUGUCAAACAGGUUUAGAAGACAAACAAGUGUGUUUUGCUACAUGCUGUAUUUUAAUCUGUUAAUAUUUUCCUAUUGCUUUUUUCUAUAAAUGCACAUAAUGAGUAUUAAAAGAGAUUGGUAAAUAAAACAAUUUUAGUAACUUUAUGCGUGUAGAUGAAACAUUUGUGUCAUGGAAAUUAAAAACUAAGUACAAAAAAUAAAAUUUUAAAUGGUAAAAAUGGAAAA